AUAGAACCAUGGUCCCCCAAGAGAUGACACGCAAGCCUUCUCUCUAUCUUCUCAUCCUCCACUUCUCCAAUCGAAAGCAGCACACGCCAACGAUUCCAAUCGAAAGCACCACACCACAACACUCUUCUUCUAUCACCUGAGAAAGAAAGAGAAACCCAAACACCAUUUCAAUGUCGUCCUCUUCUGCCACUGCAACAACCCUCUUGUUCUCCACCGAUCACCAUGUUCCCCUCUCUCCUUCUCCAACCAUUCCCAAAUCCUUCACUCGCCUCUGCAAACCCUUCCAUUCAAGAGUUCCCACCUCCAUUCACUUCCAUUGCGCUCGACCAUCCUUCUUCGUCAGGGCCACUGUUAUAAAGUGGCGAUGUCCAAAGCAAACCCUCCCUCCCAAAGAUACCGUUUUCAAAGAAAAAGUCAUCCCUCCCAACGAUACCGGUUUUGAAGAAAAAGUCCUAUAUCUUGAGUCUAUCGGUAUUGACUCUUUCUCACUCAUUGAAAAUCAUCCAAUGCUGAUCACUGCAUCACUGGCUGACAUAAAAUCCACUGUAGAAUACAUUACCUCCAUGGAUUUCUCUGCAAUUGAGUUUCAGCGUAUAGUUGGCAUGUGUCCUGAGAUUCUAACUACCAAAGUCUCAGACAUCAUACCUGUCUUCACGUUCCUUCACCGUGAAGUUCAUGUAAAAGGCUCAGAUAUUAAGCGGGUCAUAAAUCGUCGUCCCAGGUUGAUUGUCUGCAGUGUUAAUAACCGACUCCGCCCUACCUUAUACUUCCUCCAAAGUAUUGGCAUAGAAGAGGUAAGUAAGCACACUGAUUUGCUAUCAUGUAGUGUCGAAGAUAAGUUUUUACCCAGGAUUGAUUACUUUGAGAAUAUUGGGUUUUCUCGCGAUGAUGCAACUUCAAUGUUUCGAAGAUUUCCUCAGUUGUUUUGUUGUAGUAUUAAGAAUAAUUUGGAGCCCAAAUACAAUUACUUUGUGGUGGAGAUGGGGAGAGAUUUGAAGGAGCUGAAAGAAUUUCCACAGUAUUUCUCAUUUAGCUUAGAAAAUAGAAUUAAGCCUAGACAUAAACAAUGUGUAGAAUUGGGGGUGUGUUUCACUCUCCCUGUGUUAUUAAAGACAAGUGAAGUGACAUUUAGAAAUAGAUUAGACUUAUGUGUAAAUUCUUCAACACCCUUGGAAACAUCUCCUCUGUGGUGUACUGGUUUUCAUGUUGAUUAAGUAUACAGACAAAAUUACUUUGUAAAUGUACAUUGCUUUUGUGAAUUUCUAAAUAGCUGUUAGGUGCUCU